AUGCCAGAAGGUCUUUCCGUAUCGGAACGCUACAGCCGCCUGCGCGAGGCGCUCGCCGCCGUCGUCGGCCCGCGCCAUCUGCUUGCCGAUGCGGCCGAUCUGGCGCCUCACCUGGUGGAGGAACGCGGCCGCUACCGUGGCCGCAGCCCCUUCCUGGUGCGGCCCGGCAGCACGGAGGAGACGGCCGAGGUGGUCCGCCUCUGCGCCGAAGCGCGCGUGCCGAUCGUGCCGCAAGGCGGCAACACCGGGCUCUGCGCCGGCGCGAUCCCCUUCGAGGCGGGCGACGAGAUCGUCGUCUCCCUCGGGCGUCUCAAGCGGAUCCGCGACCUCGACGCCGAAAACUUCACCAUCACCGUCGAGGCGGGCUGCAUUCUGGCGGAGCUUCAGCAGGCGGCGGCGGAGGCCGACCGCCUCUUCCCCUUGAGCCUGGGUGCUCAAGGGAGCUGCCAGAUCGGCGGCAACCUCUCGACCAACGCCGGCGGCGUUCAGGUCCUGCGCUACGGCAACAUGCGCGAUCUCACGCUCGGCCUGGAGGUCGUGCUGCCCGAUGGGCAGAUCUGGGACGGGCUGCGCGGCCUGCGCAAGGACAACACCGGCUACGACCUCAAGCAACUGUUCCUCGGCGCGGAGGGUACGCUCGGCAUCGUCACGGCGGCGGUGCUGAAGCUCUUCGCCCGACCGCGCGAGAUCGUCACGGCCUUCGUCGCGGUCCCCAGUCCCCAGGCCGCGGUGGCGUUACUCGGACGCGCCCGCAGCGCGACCGGAGAGACCGUCACCUCCUUCGAGUUGAUCCCGCGCCUCGGGCUGGAGAUGGCUCUGCGCCGGAUCGACGGCUGCAGCGACCCGCUGAGCGCCCCCUCUCCCUGGUACCUGCUGAUCGAGCUCUAUGGCGGCGGAGAUGAAGGAUCGCUGGCGGAGGCACUGGAAUCGCUGCUUGAGCGUGCCUUCGAAGAGAGCCUGAUCACCGACGCCGCAAUCGCCCAGAACGCCCAACAGGCCGCCGACUUCUGGCGGCUGCGAGAGGGGCUCGUCGAGGCACAGAAGCACGAAGGCGGUUCGAUCAAGCAUGACGUCUCGGUCCCGGUCAGCCGGGUCCCGGCCUUCAUCGCGGAGGCAACCGCCGAGGUCGAACGCCGCAUUCCAGGCGUCCGCCCGGUUCCCUUCGGCCACGUCGGCGACGGCAACAUCCACUUCAAUCUGAGUCAGCCCGAGGGCAGCGAGCGGGAGGUCUUUCUGGCCCGCUGGGAGGAGAUCAACGAGGCCGUGCACGAUAUCGUCGCGCGCCUGGGAGGGUCCUUCUCCGCCGAACACGGUCUGGGCCGCAUGAAAGUGGCCGAAGCCGAACGGCUGAAGCCGCCGAUCGAGAUUGAGAUGAUGCGGCGGAUCAAGCAGACCUUCGACCCGCACAACCUCAUGAACCCGGGCAAGGUCGUUCGUCCGGAUCGCCCCGAGGGCGUUUAA